AUGUGUUCCGGCACGGUUAUAAACAGUUGGUCCGUGCUCACAGCCGCACAUUGUUUUGAUAACAACAAAGAAGUUUCCGACAUGGUCGUCCAAGUAGGAGCCCGCUACACAUAUGACCAUGAUGCUGAAGUGCUACAGGUGUCGGAAUUCGUGAUUCACACAAACUACGGAAAAGCCAGGCCGUUCGCCUGCGACAUUGCGAUUAUAUUCGUAGAUAACCUCAUCGAAUUCGGGCCUAAGGUCAAGAAGGCUCUACUAGCAUACAAGAGCAACUGGAUGGGUAAGGAAGAGAAGACAUUUCAAGUAGCCGGUUGGGGUUGGACGAAAUACGGUGGGCCAGUCUCGGAUCGUGGCCUCAUGAUAACACAUUUACAAUUUGUGCCCAAAAAGAAAUGCGAGAGGUUGCACCAAAUGAACCUUACGGCCGAUAUGUUUUGUUUGUACGGUGAUGGAAUUCGAGACAGUUGCAAAGGCGAUUCAGGAGGAGGAGUCUUGUGGGAAGAUAUGAUAGUGGGCAUCGUUUCGCACGGUAACGGCUGUUCAAAAAAAGACAAACCCAGUAUUUAUACCAACGUAUGGUACUUCAGGGACUGGAUAGAAUCACGGGUCCAACGAUUCGUUAAAUCUUUUUGCCGUAAAGAAAAAGACAUUACUAAUAGAAUGUUA